AUGGCUGAUACUAUCCAUAGUUAUGUUAUGCUGUGUCGUGAAUUAUCGUUUUCUGAAGAAAAGACACGCGAUCCACAAUCAUCGUCGGAAGAGGCGAAAUUCCUUUCAAGCCUUGCACUUAUUUUAAAUGGUAAUCAACAAUACACGCCUAUGUAUGUGCAUGAAGCCGAGAAAACGAUAUUAGUUGCUCGAAAUGAAAAAAUCAGAUCGACUGAUAAACGAUAUUUCGAUCGGUUUUUCCGUCAAAUUCGGACAUACGCAGGCACAUGUUUCGACCGAGACAAAGCCACGACAACAGCCGGGAUUACUGCUCAACUGAGAUCGCUUAUAUUCGAAUAUAAUUCCGAAAAAAUCGUCAAUCGUUUUGAAGCAUCGACACAAAGUCAGUCGGAAGCAGUCGACAGGCAAAGCUUUUACACACAAUAUUUAGAAGGAAUCGACAACAUUGAACAAAAUCAUGUUCCUAAUGUCUCAUUAAUGAAAUUAACAGAUCAGCAGCUUUUAUCAGCGACGGGUAUUGCAGUUCUACUGUAUGAAUCCCGUUUGUUUCAGUAUAUGCUGAAUAAUUUUCCGGAAACAGCCAGCCGAGGCGUGUACUAUUUUGAAAAGAUAUCAGCGCAUUACCGAUCGACCAAUCUCCUGCUAAAAUGCUUGAUAUCUCAAAAAGAUCGUUAUUUACAAAUUUACAAAGUGGUUUCAUGGAAAAUCGUUGAACCUAUUAAAGAAAAACGUUCCUUGAUCAUUACGCCAAGAAAAGCGUUUGAAAAUAUAUGGAAAGAUAUGUUUGAAUCAACAUCAAGUCCGUCGACAUUGAAUUUAUCGGAAGCAAUCGACAGGCAAAGCUUUUACACACAACAUUUAGAAGGAAUCGACAACAUUGAACAAAAUCAUGUUCCUAAUGUCUGUUUACACGCCGAAAUAUUGCUUAUUGAUUUUUUAUUAAAAAACAGCAUUAAUGAAACAAUUAAUACAAAUGACGUUGAAAUAGGAAUUUCCAAAAUGAGUUGUUUACCAUGCUCGUAUUACAUCGAGGAAUUGAAUAAGAAAUACAGUCGUUUUUUUUGCCUGUUAGGUUCGACUCAUGGAAAAACAUAUCCUAAAUGGACAUAUCGAAACAACGAGGAUUCAUCAAUAUUAAAUGUUAUCAACGAAAAGUUAAUCGAUAAAGUCAAACAAUCGAUAAAAAGAAGAUGCUUACAGACUAAUCGUGCAGGGCCAGUGAAAAGUGGUGAUAGCGAUAUCAUGCAUACCUCACUUGGAGAGGAUGAAUUCGAUUCGAUAGAUUUUGAUAUAAUUCGUUAUUAG